AUGUUUUCUCAAAUAUCAUCCAACGGGGCCAGUGAUCGCUCCCUCAUGCUCGACAGCGGUGCAUUAUUUCCUAUUAGGCACAUAUCCCCCAAAGCAGAGGGACUACCGACGAUCCCUCGAAGGCGAUCUGCAUCAGUCACAAGGAAGAAGUUCAGAGGAAACAGAAGCUAUGGACAUUCGGCACCCUUGACAAUUGGUGGAAAGAUCUUCUGCAUGAUCUACGCUCUUGUCGGGAUCCCUCUCAAUUUAGUCAUGUUCCAGAGUGUCGGAGAACGGCUGAACGUCUUUAUGGGUUUUGGCGUCAAGAAAAUCAAGAAAUGCCUGCGAUUCAAGAAAUGCUCUGUUUCCCAUACGGAACUCGUUAUCAUAGGAGGCAUCGCAAACGUCAUCAUCACCGUGUCAGGGGCUGUGGCAUUUGUUCAUUUUGAAAAAUGGGGAUUUGUAGAAGCCUUUUAUUACGUCAUAAUAACGCUAACGACUGUGGGGUUUGGUGACUAUGUCGCCUUGCAGAAGGAUAACGACAUUCAGCAGAGACCGCAAUAUGUGUUCUUUAGCAUUAUCUACAUAUUGGUCGCUUUGGUAGUGUUGGCCUCAGUUAUGAAUUUGCUUGUGCUACGGUUAUUGACGCUUAACACCGAGGAUGAGAGGAGAGAGGCACAGGAGCAGGAACUCGCAAUGAGACAGAGUGGUCAUGAAUUGAAUCACAUAGAUUCGCACAUGAACUUCUUUAAUCACAACCACGCGCGAGGACCGUUACUCGCGAAGGGGGAACAUCGGGCAUUCUGCUCGACGUGCAGUUGCAACAGCAAGGCGCCGCAUAGAACUAAUCCCGAUGCAUACGCGGUGGACUUCAGUAUCGAUGCGAAGGGAGUUUACGGUAACAACUUUAAUCCGCAUACAACGCCUGCUGUUUAUAACACAUUGUAUUCUGAUGACGCCGAAGUGUUCGAGCAAUUUUUAUGUACAGAUAGAACAGGCAAACGUGCAUCGAUAUGAGUCACGUGAUUUCAUGACGUAAUGCCAGACGUUUACAAACGCAUGAAUGUUUUCGCUAGAUAAACAAAUAUGGAAAUUAUGAAACUUCUCUUCUUUUAUUGCAACAGUCGUAUUAUGUAUACAUAUUUAACAUAAGUACUACUAAGGGGAAAGCUUUAUUAUCAUACUACGUGUUUUGUACAUUUCCAUAGACAUAUACCAUGCACAAACUUGCCUUUGUUUCUUUCGUGCGUAUAUACAUGUACCUUGUUUUAUGCACGUUUAAAAAAAACAAGAGUGCUUUCACUGUUCAGAUGUCUCUGAUGCAAGAAGAUCUCCCUUGAUUUCGUAGAAAAACAAACACGUAACAAUAUGUCACCCAGUUCCCUUUGCGAUGUGUGCAUUUUCAUUAAAGUUAUUGUCGAAAGAUUUGAAACGUUAUAAGCAUUAUACACAUGAAAAAUCUCUGAUGCAAGAAGAUCUCCCUUGAUUUCGUAGAAAAACAAACACGUAACAAUAUGUCACCCAGUUCCCUUUGCGAUGUGUGCAUUUUCAUUAAAGUUAUUGUCGAAAGAUUUGAAACGUUAUAAGCAUUAUACACAUGAAAAAUCUCCAAGUUUGUUGUCAUCCCAUCAUAUACAGAAUAGUUUUUGAUAGGACUGUUUCCAAAAUAUACUGUUUAAGUUGGCACUUUUUAUUCAAAACACUUAAUACCUCUUCCGUACAAUCACUUUUUGCACUUAGUUUGUUAUCUAUGCUCAAUUUUCAUAACUCCCGCUUCAUUGUUUGAAGCGUGAACGCCAGAAUCCUGUCCAACCCAGAGUUUUCAGGAUAUGUCAGUAAUGUUGUAAGCACAUGCCGUCAUCGAUUCUUCCAUUUUGUAGACGACGUGGAUAAGUUUGAUGUUUGCCUUACCGUCAUGUCGUCAUCACGUAGUAAUUGCAAUCAGGUUUGAGUCAUUGGUAUAAUUAAAUCAUGCUAGUUGCCAAGGCCAAGAGAGGAAUUCAUUGUGUUUCGUUGAAAAGCAGGAGGUGAUGGCCCGUGAUCCCUGGCUAUGCUUGGCCUCUACGAAAGACCACUGGAGCCUCCAAGUGGAACCAUCCACCAUCAUGACCAUCUUAGGAUCUCGGUAUCUUGGAGACAUCGGUUUCCUUCAAAGAAACGAUUCUUGUGUCAAAGUGUGUCCGUCACUCUCUCCUGAGCGAAAAUGGAAAUCAUUGUUUUAGCUCGUAGGAUGACUAAUAUGCCGAAUAUUUACACAUGUUAUUGGAAGUGUUUAUGACUUAACUACUGACCAAUAAUAGAUGUCUUGUAACUUUUUCCCGUUGAAUUUAUUUUCACGUUCUGACCUCAUCUUUGUUUUUACAUGCAAAAUAUGAGGAUGGUUUAGGGCGAUUCUAUGCUAGAAAAAUCAGCCAUUUUCACAACAUUUUUCAUCCUGCUGUCCAAACGAACGAAGAACUUCAAUUUGCUUUGUGGUAAUAUUAAAGUACUGGAUAGACAUGCAAAAAACUGACAUCCAACAAAAAUAUGUUGUCCAUAUGUGAAUUAGAGCUUAAAAUGUUGCGUGUCAUACGGGACAUUUUUGCGUCCCGUACGACACACAACAUUUUCACCUAUAAUUUACCCAUAAUCAUUUUUUGUGUUGGUUAUUAGUUUUUCACAUGACUACCCACUAUAGCUUUAUCAUUGACAAAAAAAGAAUAUCUUAUUGCUCAAGCAUUCGGCUAGGAAACUAGAAAUUGUUGUCAAAAUGUCCCGUACGACACGUAUGGAAUUGCCCUUUAAUGGUGAAUUGAAACUUGAAACUCUCAAACAAAUCAUUUUCUGUGCAUCAGCAGAAAAAAAAUUACUAUUAAGUUCGAUAAAAUGUCGCCACCAUCUCAAAAAACCUUCACAAUCUUAAAUCGUAAAGUAAUCUGCAAAUUGGUGAUGCGUUUGAACACGUUGUAGGUAUUGUUAUUACUAAAGUAUGAGAGUUACUUAUUCACUUUUGCAUAUAUCUGGGAGUAUAAAACAUCUUGUUUAAUAAUUUUGUUUGUAGUUUAGCGGCUUUAUCCACGAACAAAUAACUGUGACCAAACAUAACAGGUCGGAUAUACCUCUUACGACGGAACAAGCUCAAUCUUCCGAAAAAGAUCGAAGUGUUGCGAUCACAUCAUUUUAAGUAACAUUUGUUCCAUUUUUAGUGAUAAUACUGUUGUGUCUUUUUAAUUAUUUACUCCUUUAAGAUGAGUCUUAGUGUUGUUUUUUUACUAAUAACUCAUAUCCUUAUUCAAUAUUUAUCUGAAAUUGACAUAGUGCAUUAACAUGCCAAAUGCGUUUUAACUGAGUAUACAUGUAUUUGCAAAGAAUUCGAUAGUAUGAAUUAAUAUUAUGUAAUUCUGUAUACGGGAUGACAAGGGCAUUUUAGUUAUACCGAUUUACUUUUCCUUUUUGCUGAAGUCUAAAAUGCGGUAAGUCGUAUAAGGUGUGUAAACCAUUUAUUAUUUUCUUUUGAUGUGACAGUACACGACAAUACAAGGCCAUGGAAGUAUGAACAUAUUUGUGUAAUUUAUAUAAAGAAAAAAGAUUAUCUGAUACUUCAUGCAUAUCUCCGAAUGGAAACAAAUUCUAAGAGUUACAAAUCUACUGAUACUUCUAAUUGAUGAAUGAACAACUUAUCAUGACUCUGAACAAUGAUUUCAACACUUUGAACGUAGCAAAGACUACAGAGCAAUACACAAAUUAGCAUUGAAACAAAUAAUAAAUAUAAGUUUAAACAAAACAACAAACAAGCCAACAAUAACCAGCGUUUCGGUCAAGAAGAACAAAUAUAUUCGAAGAAUUGCCUUCUGUGAAUUAUUGAAUGGUUGUUUUUGUGACAUGGCUAUUAAAAUCAAUUACAAUCCACAGUUUGGAUAUUCCAAAAAAGAAACAAGGAAGUUAUUUUAGAACGGACUUGCAUUGGUUGAAAAACGUAAUGUUGUACAAGAAUUCAAUAGUAAGGUACUUUACAACCAGAAGAAAAAACUUAUAGAUAUAUCAUCUUGUGUCAAUAUUUAUGAAUCUCUAAGCAGAAAACAUGAAAGGGUGUUUAGGAGACAGUGGACAAGCAAGCAAGCGAGUACGGGUUAAGAAGUGCAAACAAUGGCGGAGUUGGCUACUCUUUUUUUCACCAGCUACUGCUCCGCCGCUCGCAUGUUUGUGUCCUCGCCUAAUAAAAAGGUGUGACUCCCAGUUGGAACACACUCUGAAAUUACCCAACAGCUUUAAGAUACACCUGCAUGCCUGGUGCUUCAACUGGAGGUUUUGACACGAAGACGAAGAGGCAUGGGUGGAGGUUGCGAAGAAAGGUGAAUUAAGCAAAGGAGACAAGGAUAUACGCUAAGAAGAAGUCGAGGAGAUGCUGUCCUUGGAUUGAAUAAACCUACCGUUCAGCUUUCAUUGGACGAUGCAUAUUUCCAAUCUCUGGUCAAAUUUGCCUCUCUCUGGCUACCAUUCAGCUUCCUUUAGACGGAAGCAAAUGUCAAAUAUCUUUUCAAAUUCGCCUUCCUUACCGGGCCAAAAUUCGCAAUUGACCAUACCGUUAAGCUUUCUCUGGACGGAAGUGAAUCGGUUGGUUGGUUUUAUUUACCGUUUAAAAAUCAUAACAGAAUACGUUGUACAAAAUAUUGAAAUUAAAUAUAUUACAACUUAAAAAGAUACGGAUGGAUCACUCUAUUUAGAGCCAUUGGUAAAAUGGCUCUGUUCUUUCUAUAGAGGUCCACUCGAAUGUCCAAUCUCUUGUAAAAUCAACUUCUUUAACCGGGCCAAAAAUGCAUAGUUGACCAUCACGUGUCGGAGAAAUGAAAAUCUAAUUAAGAUCCCUCUUAUCGACAGGUGUAAGUGGCAUUAUGGCAUGCGGGGUUAAGGAGAAAGGGAGGGAGCACGAAAUAGGGUAAGAAAUACAGUUCAGUGGUGAUAUGAGUCAACCUAAAUACCUCUAUUACAUUUCAAGGAUAAAUCUGCAGUUGCUUUGAUUAAACAUUACUAUUUCAAAGAUGGGAUGGUGUCCCAUUCCCGUAUACUCUGAGAACUGUUAUCCAUUGCAGUGGAUACUAAUAUUUCAAAUCAAAAUGCGUGUAGUUUCCAAAAACUGUUCAUGUUAUCUUUUUAAUCAUUUAUUUCUCACCAUUUAAACAACCCAUAUAGUUCGGGUUUUUUUUUGUGACUGGUAUCAUAACUGCUUGAAAAUGAGGCACGGAUGGGACAGACGCAUCCUCUAUCAGAGUCGGUAUUAAUAAACUGUCAUUGUUAUCCCAUAUUCUAUUUUCACCCAAUAUAUUUUUGCGUCAUGCGACAACUUGGCCACCUUUUCAACGGCAUUAUCGAUUCAAUAACGGGAUUUGGUGGAAGGUUUUAUCACCUUUUCACUGGCCAGGGUCGCGUUAGGGGUCACAUAGUGCAUCGCAGUACAUGUGCAAGCUCGAACCUAACAAAACUAAUUCAUGUCUUUGUUUCGUGGCCCAGAAUAAAAGAGAGAAACCGGAGGCUGUGCAAUUUGCAAACACCACCAUCUCUCUAACAAUCUCAUGUUAACAACAAAACGAUUAGGAAGUAUAUUUUUACAGUCAGUUUACAAUCAAGGCUGUAACCGUUUGAUUAGCGAGAAGGUGACGGAACGGUAUUCUUCACACAAAGCAAAUGCAAACCAACGAGUUCAUGUAACUGGGAUAAGAAAUAUAUGGAUCUAUAGUUUGAAUUUCUUUCUUUAGUUAGUAAAGGGGAAAACAAAAUUGCAUUACUUUAUCAGAGAAGGCAUACCUUAAAUUGUGAGUUUAAUGCCUUGAAAUGCAACAUUAUGAAGGUAUUUUAGUUUUCAUAUUCCUCUAAGGCUAGUUUAAAACUAAGGUUCAUUACUCUUGUCAAUUAAUAUUGGUCUUAGUACACAAUCAAGGAUGAUGUUAUAUCAUUGUAUCUUAAAUUAUUUUUCGUUAAUUCCACGCAUGGCUAGACUCUCAACGCAUACAACCAUAGUUCCUGCUCUAAGUUUAAUCAUUUAAACUUAGUGUCAGACUACUAUGUUUGAAUAACAAAAACCAUCAAAUCAUGAUUUCUGUUUCAAAGUGCCAAGUAUUCUGAGUAUUGUGACCCACUAUAAGACUAUGCAUUUACCACAACACGUACCAAUUUACUGUCACGGCGCGGCGUGACAUCGCAGGGCGUUGCAGAUAUUUGGCCACUCAAUAGAGCACGAGGAGUAUUGCCAAUAAACACCGAUUACCAUUAUUACAUCCAAACCAUCAUACAUUUGCUCUCAUCCCAUUUUCUCUCUUGUUCUCUCUCCUGGUCCUUAUUCCUUUCCAUAUGCCGGUAUCUCAUGCUGUUUUCUGCUUUAUUGCGACCACAAACCGCAUGCAUGACCUGUAGGCCUACCUCUUUCCUUUUCAACGGUAUUCUCUCUCUCUUUUUUUUUGGUCAUCACUUUCGUUUCCCGUUUUCUCUGUUAUUUUUUUCUACCAAUACCAUUUCGUAAUUAUGUUUUUUUUGUGUGUGUGCGAAGUCUAUAGACCCCAUUCAUUUUCUGUUACACAUAUGGCUUUUGAAAAAUGUUUUUUUUUGUAGCAAGCUUGGCCUUGCACCAAAUUGCCACUCAUAUACUGUUUUCAUUUCCCUAUUACUAGAGUUUACCACCAUCUCCUCUUUAUCCAUCUCCCUCUGCUUCUAUCUCUCCCCCUAUAUCCACACCUCUCUCCGUCUUUCUUUCUCCCUCUCUCCCUCUCUCUCUUUCUGUCUCUCUUGGAACAUGCGGAGAUUACUUGCCGUGAUGAUGAGGAUGAUGCAUCGGUGUGGAACUCUGUCGUCAUGGCAACAUUGACGUCACGGUUUCAUUCGUAUUCCGCUAUCCAUCAGAAGUCUCGCUCUAACAAAUUUCUUUCACUCUUUUUCCCUCCUUCUCCUUCUUUUUCUGCUUUAUCUAUUAUAAUUUUCCCGCAUGACCCCUUUUUCUGUCUCCGGCCAUUGUCUGUCUCGUAAUCAAAAUUUGGCCUGACCCGUCAGUCUUGUAAAUUAUCGCCAGGAUAUCGAGAUACUUCUCGCAUUCUUGAAUCAUAUGCAUGCGUGGACAGUAUGCCUGAUGCAGACGUCAAUCUGGAAGCUAUAAAUACAUGUAUUAUGUAAAAACCAUGAAAUGUUCCGUCAUUCUCGUAAUAUGAAAGAAAUGCACCUUUUACAAACAAUUUGAAUUCAUUUUCCCUUUACUUAAUGCCUCUUCUUAAUUACAUACAUCUGUUCUGCAAGGAUUCUAGCAAAGUGAUCCUGUUGUAUGCUAUAGUCUUGAUUCAUUUGCCUAUCGCGAAUCCAUACUUCUGAAUUAUGUCUGCCCACCAUAUUAUGUUGAUGAGAAUUUGUCUGUUUCUUGACGGUACAAAUGAAGUGGGGGGGGGGGGGGGGUGGUGUCACGAAAAUGAAAUGUAACGGCUAAAUUGUCUCGUACAAUCUCACUCGCGGCACGUUAUGGUGUGUGCUCAUAGGUGGGCAGCUAUGCAUUCGAAUACAGGUAAUACCAAAUAAGAUUUUUUGUUUUCAAAGAAAAGGGAAAUUGAGGAAAGUAUUAAUGCUUGAAAAGGGUAAUACCAAACCAAUUACUUCAUAUUCCAUUCACGUGACCAGUAAAGUAGUUACUACGACCCCCUGCAGAUUUCAUGAAUAUUAAAAAAGGAGCAGGUGCUUUGAUACUAAUUUUCUAACAUGUAUACGGAGUAAAAGUCUCUAAGUCAAGAAUUUCUUCCAGGAAAGCCAUUGCCCUUUGGAGCCCCCACACUAAUUGCAAGAAAUUGUUGCACGUUCAUGGAUGAUUAGAGUGACAACGAUUAAUAAGUAAGUCAUUAACAGUGAUGUAAGGAUCUAAGAUGAACCGUGCUAGUCAAUCAUCAAAAUAGCACCCAGACCAAGUUCUCCUCAUCUCCCAACUUUUUUUUUCUUAACGUAUUGGAGAACAAGUGUAGAACAGGGCGCCUUAACUAAGUAAUAAACGAAUGGUUUAAUUCAAUUUAUUUUACGCUGAAUUCGCUGUAAGAUAUUAAAAGAAUGUAAAAGUAAAUUCUCGGUUGCACCGGAGAUAUCAUAAUCUUAAUUUAUACCGGUGAAUGCCUUAUCAUUCGAAUUCAAAAUUCAAUUCUCAAGUCUUAAAUUCCUCAUCGGGGUAAGAUGUGGACCUAUUAUUGAAUCGACUCAAAGUUGCAUCACCCUUGUAUGUCUUAUUUUUAUUUUAUGAAUAACUAACUGUGUUAUGUUUCUCUACCAUUUGAAGGAGUAAGAUCUUUGCAUUAAAUGAAAUAAUCCCGAAAUUGCUAUCCAUUAUCAGGGUAAGAUAUGAAACUAUUAAGGCAUUAUAUUUCUAGUGGUACCAACCAUUCUUACUAUAUCUUUGUUCUAUGAAUCGUUUUUGGUGUAAAUUUAUUUGGCCUAGCAUUUGAAGUGUAAAAAAUCUGGGAUUAAAUAUUUAAAAAAGAAAUGGUGAUUUUUUUAUCAGCGUAAGAUAUGCAACUAUUAGGAUUCUCGAUUCUUAGUGACACAAUUAUUCAUGCCUAGAUAUGUUGUAUGAAUUAUUUGCUCGUUUGAUUUUGAUUGCUUUAUCAUUAAAAGUGGGAAUAACGUGGUGAUAAAUAUAUAUAAAUAUUACGCUAUCGUUGUUCCCUAUCAGGGUAAGAUCAUUAAAAAUAUUAAGGCAUUCUAUUCUCAGUUGCAUAAUUCGUACCUCUAUGUUUUAAUGGUAUGGCCUAUUUCCUGUACUAUUCUAAUUGGCGUAUCAUUUUAAAUUAGAAUUAAGUUAUAUUAAAUUAAAAAAAAAAAUUAUUAUUCAUCAUCGGGGUAAGAUGUGAAACUAUUAAGGCAUUCGAUUCUCGGUUGCUUCAUCAAUAUAUGUAGGUUUUAACAUUAUGACAUAUUUUCUUUUAUGAUUCCGAUCGCUUUAUCAUUUGAAGUAGGAAUAAUCUGGGACUAAAUUAAAAAAAAAACCCUACAAAAUUAGUAUUCCUUAUCAGGAUAAGAUGUGAAAAUAUUAAGGUAUUCGAAGCUUAGUUGCAUCGUCAAUGAUCUACAUGUAGCUUUUAUUUUCAAUUCCAUUGCUUUAUAAUUCGAAGUAUAUAUAUAUAUAUAUAUAUAUAUGCAUAUAUAUAAAGGAUAUUAUGAUUCCUCAUCAGGGUAAGAUAUGAAAGUGUUAAGGUAUUCGAUUCUUAGUCGCAUUAUCCAAGCCUUGAUAUUUAUGUUCUAUGAAUUAUUUUCUGGAUUUAUUUCUAUUCAUUCAAGGUGGAGUACACCUGAAAUUAAAUGUAGAAGAAAAGAAAUCAGAAAUCAUAAUUGAGCAUCGGGAUAAGAUAUCAAUUUAUCAAAGUAGUUCAUUCCAAGAUUCAGUAUAAGAAGCAUGUUUAAUGACCAUUUGACUGUUUUUUUUUUCUUACAUCAAAAUUUGAUGUUGUAGAAUCUUCUGAUAUGGUUAAUACGAUAAGAUUGGGGUCGGUCGAGGAGCAGCUAUAUAGCAGUUCUCAAGUGCUGUAUACACUGAUUUGAUAAUUAAACGAAAAUGAUAUGCGAUAAUAAUUCUGUCACAACCGAAGUUAAACGUAAGAUCUGUUUCUACAAACGUAACAUUUUACGUACAUAUUUUGUGUUGUUGUUUUCAUUUUUCAAUCAUAUUAUUUUUUAUUGUUAUUACCAUCAGAGUCAUCAACAUCACAAUCAUACAAUAAACUAGGUCUCAUUAUACAACGGUGGUCCCUGCUGGAAGUUGCGAUACGGAGAACGGUUUGGGAUUAAGGGGUUUUCGUACAAUGUUGGGUCAAUAAGUUAUUGGAAACUGAUUUUCUGUAAUUCUUUGGUGGUUAAUAUUUCUCGAAUAGAUUUUUGGUAAAAAUGAUACAAAAUCAGUAUCUUACACAUUGCUCAUACAGCCCUGGAAAAUGAAAAAUCAUGGCAAUAUUACACUGCCGUUCUCUCUCCUCCUCGUAUGUACAUUUUAUGCCGUUACUUUUGCUUUCAUCCACUUCCAUCGAAAGUUUCUCCACUAGUCAUGACCAGUAUUCGAGAAAAAAAUCCCCGUAUGUCCCUUUAAUCAAAACUUGUCAAAUGUUUUAAAAUAGACUUAGGAUAUUUUCUCUUUUUAAUUGAACGAACUGUGUGUGAGAGGUCAAAGUUUAGCAGUCUUUCAUUGUCUUUUUUUUUCUUUAAGUCUACUUUUACUAGCAUUAUUUAAAUAUGACUGAACUAUUACCGGGCUCUGUUAAGUGCAAUAGUACAGUAUGCAUCAUACCAAACCAAUAUAAUCAUGGUUUAUUUAACGACUAAAACUUAAAAGAAUGCAUUUUGGGCUAGGAAGUAGGUAUUAAAUUUGACAUUCGAGUCGGUAUGUAUGUCAAAGCAACCUACGAUAAAUCGAAGCAUGUGUAUUUGUCCAUAAUUAUACAAAUGUUUUCUUAGUUUAGAGAAAACGUUAUCGUGUAUCAUAUCAUUAUCAUAUUUGAUAUGGAAACGACUUAUCAAUGGUCGUUUGGGUUUAUUUACUCUUCAGUAAUCGUUUAUUAUAUCAUUAUUGAGUUUGUGUGUGCAUUAACAUGAAGUCCCGUCACAUUUGAAUGUGUAUUUUUUUUUUCAUUUUCAAAUGCAUGGUGACUUCCAGGAAUAUUGGGGAGCGUUUAUUAUUCAUAGCACUCUAAAUUCCAAGGAUUUAGAAUAAAUCCAGUUCGGCUGUGAAAAGUGCCUAACCAAAUAUUAUAGUUAGAUUUGAACCUUUUUGAUUUAAAUGUAAAGCUAUAUGAUUUUUAAUUAUAUCUUUUUGAGAUUUAAAAAUUAAUUCUCAAGAUUAUAAAAUUAAAUCCAAUAUUCCACUGGUCAGUGUUUACAGUCGAUCUUGAUUUAUUUUAAAUCCUUGAACUUUAGAGUGUACUCUAUGAUUGUGUCCUGCGAUUUUCUGUUCGGAUAGUUUUCAAUCAAUAAUGAGUUUUAGCAAACCUGACCAAUCAUCUGGUAUCAUAAUAAUAGGCAAAAAUAUCCGUUAGUGAUCAAGUCCUGGAACUGAUUAUAAUGGAUUAUUUACACCGUACUCUCUUUAAAAAAAUAGAGUGAAAAUUGUUCACUCUGUGAAUAGAUAAUAAUACAUUUAAAUUGAAUUUCACUUGGUGUUGAGUGAAUUUCACCAUUUUAAUAGUUAUAUUUGUGUGAAACGUUUGAAUAUUCACUCUUAAUUCACUCCAAAAUUGCAUGGUUGAACCUUAACUACCUACCAGGUAAGUACAAAACGAGCAAAAUGCACUAUUUCUAAAGGGUAUGAACAUUAAUUUAUUUCAAUUUUGGAUGGUGAUACAUGUAAAAGUCGAGUUCAUAAUCAUAAAAAUAUCAUUAAGAAGAUUCAUCAUAUUGAUUGAAUUUGGUUGAUUUAAUCCUGGAUUUAUCAUCAAUAACUUCUAUAUUUUAUGAUGUUUAAAGUAGCGUGCAUAAUUAUAACUAUGUAUAUUGUAAAGAGACAAAACUACACAACCGUUUUGUCUCCCUUCAUGCCCUUGUUUGUUUAUUAUAAUGGUAAUCUUAUUCUUCCUCUAAUAAGGCUAUUGUACAGAUAUAGAUCUAGCUUAUUGUAUUUUGAAGAAAACGUGUAUCUUUCGUGUGUAUGUGGAUUAGCAUUAGAAACUUUUGAUACGAACAUUUUGGUUAUUUUCCAUAAUAAUUGAUUACUGUACAUAACGGUUACUAAUCAUAUAUGUAUAAUAGAAAAAUUUCUACGAAAAAAAAUGUGUUUUCUGUUUUCUUUUCUGAACUUUUGAACAAAUUUAUUGAUUGAAUAGGUUUUGCAGUUACUGGAUAUUGUAUUUCGAGUCUUUAUUUCUUUGUUAUACGAUUGCAUCAAUG